GUUCGCAGGUGCGCACGCGCAGAUGCUCGGCCGACCCCUGUCGGCCGCGCACGGCCUGCGGGCGCGAGCAGGCUUGUCCGUGCGUGGGCUAGCGAGCGCAGCGCGGCCGGGGCUGGUUGGGGCCGCCCUAGCGGCCCUCCGGAUCGCCCGUCUAGCGCAUGCGCGUGCGGCGCGGCUGAGGGGAAUCUCGGCCCCGGGCGCGCGCUGUCUCGAGCGAGCUUGUAUUGUCCCGGCUGAGGGAGUCCAUGGAGAGCCCGGAGCCGCCCUGAGGAGGCGGAAAAGGCGGGCGGCGGCAGCGGCGUCGCCCGCCGUCAGGCCGACGGCUCGUUUCAUGGCGGCGACGACGACGACGGCUGGGCCCGCUAUGGCGGCGCCUGAGGAGGCGGCGGAGGAGGGUCGUCGUCGGCAGGCGGAAUCGCGGGCUCGGCAGGCCGCGCUGUGGGCUCGGGCGCGGAGCCUCUGCCGCCGUCUGCGGGCGCUGCAGGCGCGGCAGGUGGAGCGGCACGUUCGGCAACAGCUGGCCGGGCUUGCGCGGAGCGUGGGGCGCCCGGGCUCCGGCGCUGCGGCCGCCGGCGGUGCCCACCUCCCUUCUCCCGCCACGCUGGGCUCGGAGUUGCGGCAGCUGGCCGCCAGCGCCACCGCCCGUCUCCGCGCCGCCCAGCGCGCCUGCGACUCGGACGCCACCGACAGCGCCAGCAUCUCGUCCUCGUCCUCUUUUUCUUCCUCCUCCUCCUCCAGUUCCUCCUGCUCCUCUUCCUCGGACAGCGAGAGUCCCGAGCCACCGCCCGAGCGCCCCGUCGGCGAGGGACGACGCCUAGCAGAGCGCCAGUGGGCAAUGGAGAGAGCGGCCAUUAUCUGUCGGUGGACAUGGCUACAGGCUCAGGUUUCCGACUUGGAAUAUCGCAUAAGGCAGCAGACUGACGUUUAUAAGCAACUCCGUGCCAACAAGGGUCCUAUAGUCCUGGGUGAUCUCCAGCGUGAAGAUGGGAUGAGACAACAGAGUCGUCUAGGUUCUGCAGCAGUGGUGAACUCCAGGAAAAAUACAGUACUCUCCUCCUCCUCACACCUGAAGGUGCCUACUGGAGACAGGCAGCGUGACUCGUCUCCCUGCAUCACUUCCUACCUCCUGCAGAAUGUAGAGAAACAGAAUUCUCGCCUUGCGCAGUCUUUAAGAAACCUUGUGUGUCAAAGUCCCUCCUGUACACCCAUCAAUGGGUCUCCAGAGCCCCCCAAAGCCUGCACAGCACCCCAUCAAGUCAACGGAAUAAGUAACUGCUUCAACACAUGCUCCACCAGCAAUUCCCAAGAUGGUGUGGAUGCUGACAAGAUUCUCAAGAAACCGAAGCAACUGAACAACAGCCUGCCUACUACAUUAUCUUCCCUUGACAACAGCUGUGUUGCCGCUAGAAUCCGUCCUAUUUGCAGAUACAGGAAACGCAGGCUGGUGAGAGUCAACACAGUCUCGCACCUCAGUAGAAAGCCACAAAAACCUCUCAGCAUGAAAUGUAACUGUGAACUGCCCAAUUCCUGCAUCUUGUGUGAUUGUAAGGCCUCAGUCCAGACCAUAGACCCAGAGACAAUGACUUUAGAGGAGCGGGUAGCUCUGCUGGACUCAGGCUUCCAUCCCAUUCUAUCAUUUUCUCAUGGCAACCCUCUUCAUUUACACUUUGAAGCCUUGUUAAGAGAGGACGACAGGCUGACGCGUAAACUGAAGACUCCGAAGAUACCCCACUGGGGCUUGAAAGAUCUUACCAACAACAUUUGCUCAUCUUCUCUAUCUGCAUCUGGUUCUCUGCUGAAAGGGCCAGCCAGUCGCAGCUUGUUUGUUCCUAGACCUCAGAUCUACAGGCCUAGUUCUUCACAUAAUGUGCCAUCUCUGUGCUUAGAAAAUACUCCUAUCCCACACUCCAACCAACUUCCUGGCAAUUCCAUGGCAGCCAGCAGCUCAGCAUUGCAGCCUGCUAAGAAGAAAAAGGUUGAAUGUUCCUAUGACAUCAACAAUAUAGUGAUCCCAGUGUCAAUGGCUGCGGCUACUCGGGUGGAAAAGUUACAGUACAAAGAGAUUUUGACACCAAGCUGGAGAAUGGUGGAUCCCAAAGAGCUGAAGACCUCAGGAGAAGCAGACUCAGAGCUGGAAGAUACUUCUGAUGAGACAUAUCUGAACCAUCACCAAAAAUUUGAAGAGGUGGAACGGGCCCGCUGGGAUUGCUGGUCAGGAACCAUUUCUUACAGGCGAGGGAACAGGAGCUCUAACAAAGCAGAUGGCCGGUGGAUACCUCAGCCGGGCUCUCCAGAUGCCAUGUCACAUAAUCUUAACCAUCUCCAGUAUGCAAACUCUCCCAUGAGGUCUCUCAGCCCAGAGCUUUCCAAUGUUCUGCAGCCCCUCCUUAUAAAGGGGAGGGGCAGAAGUGGCCUAUCCUUUAAUGAAGACACAAGUUUCUCCAUCUCAGAAAUGGAUGAAGAUAUCCAGAAUGUACAGCCAUGGGAGCCCCGCACGUUCCCCCUUUCUGACACAGAGUAUCAAGCGCUUCAGGACCCACCGUGUGAAGCUCUUAGCAAGAAGACAAGUACUGUUCAGCACUGGGACUCUAGAAGCAAUCAGGGCUUGAGGACUAACAACAUAAAUCCCUGCACUUCUAAUCCCAGGGAGCCAUUUAUAUCCAGUUGGCAUGUGCAGCCAGAUGGUAGCGAGCCUCAAGAGGAGUUUGCAGGCCAGCACUGUAUUGCGCCAGUGCUCAUCAACAACAGAUGAGCUUUCGGGCCCCAUGAUUAUUAACACAUGGAAGAGUUGCACCCAUACUCUAUAGAUUGGUAUCACAGAGCUUGGCUGAUGAGUUGGCCUAGCAAGGCAGUGGCAGCAGAAAGCACUGCUGUGCCCGAAGCAGAGGUCCUCCUGUGAACUUGGAGCUCUUGCUCCCCCAGAUCAGUAAGGGCUGGACAGGCAGCAGGGGCGAAGUGUUAGGCCUCCGUAGUGUGGGAAGAGGGGGCCAUCCAGAAACGCCUGGCUGCAGGUUGACUCGGGCACGGAAGGACUCGAGCGCCUCACUGGCAAGAAGGUCAGGUGCCACAAGCGCAGCAGCCCAAGGUAACCCCAAAGGGAGCAGCAGAGAGGUGGAGAGAUAGCACAAAGAGGGGAAGCCGAGCUGUUUCAAUUUGGAUGUCUAACUCAGGCAACACGUCUUUGAAAGGGUGCCAGUCAGUUGAACAUGCAGUCCUCAGAAGGUUUUCAUGCAAAUUCGGGGGCCGGAGUUAAGUAUUGAUUGUGGAAACUCAUUCACACAAAUCACAGGCUUUGUCCCAGUGCCGCAGAUGGCAGGGAGGGAUUUAACUGAGGGGUAGUUUGUGUGUGUGUGUGAGCACUAAAUAAAUGCCUGUAAGGGAAGACAGAUACUUCCCCUACAAACUUACAUAUGGUUUUUAAUUUUUAAAUAUAGUUCUGAAAUCAUUGGUUUUCUAACAUGCAAAUCAUGUUUUCUUAGCCUUGCAGAAAUGCUAUUGUUGCUGAUAAUAAAUAACAAAUCAUGAUAAAACUUGUUUUCACAUUUCCUUCAGAGAAACUGUAAAUCUUGUUCAUUGUAUGGAUGUUCUAAUUUAUCUCACAGUACAUAAAAUAAAACGUGUCAGGAUGAA